AUGGCACCCAUACGCCGGUACCUGAGAAUUACAAAGUAUUCCGUUCUUGAAUGCAGGAUAUACUUGGACAACCCGGCGCUGGCACAGUCAUGGCUUCUAAACCCCCGAAAUCCCAUUCUUCCACAGGUCAUCGAAGCCAUCCGACCACUCGUGAUACCCAAGCUCCGUGAAGAAAAAGAACGAAGUAAAAAGAAGAGCACGAAGAAGAAGACGAUCAAAGAGGUCAUCGUAAAAGCAGAUGACUUUGAGGUUUCCGUCUUCUUAAUGGAAACCGACACACGGCAUUCUCUGCUCACGAAGCAAAAGUUCUUCCGGGACAAGGCCCCAUCUGCACUGCAGUCCAACGCAUCAAAGCUCAUCACAGAAACUAAUGCGACUCCCAUUGACGUGGAUGCCAACGACUUUGCGCCAAUCCGUAUCGAGGAGGACAGUGACAACGAAGGCGUGGCGCUCAGCGAUAUCCCCUCCGCCAACACCAACACCCGCCAGCGCGGCGCAAAGCGCCAAAGGAGCAAUACCCUCGAAAUCGACGACUCGGACGAACUCGAGGACGCCGGGGACGACGAUUCCGCCUCGGUUGUCGAUGUGGAUUCUGACGGUCAUCAGCCUCUGCCAAAACGCCCCAGGGGCCCCGUGAAACUACCAGCAGAGCCAGAGGGUGAGUUUCACGAUGACUACAAGAAAAAGCUCGCAAUGGACGUGUCAUAUGAGGGGUUCGCAAUUUACGGCCGCGUCCUUUGUUUGAUCGUCAAGAAGAAGGAGAACAAGACACAGCAAAACCUUGGGGGCCAGGCCAUGAUGGAGAACUGGAUCGCGUCAACGCAAAUACCAGUUGGCGAAGAGGCCGCAUGA